AAUGAAUUUUGGAAAACCAAGAGGUGGCUCUUCUGGAUCAACUUGGGAAAAACUAAAAAAGUCAAUUUACCCUACAAAUAAAGCAGAAAGAGAGAAGAGAAAGAAGCAAUUUUUGGAUGUCGCAAUUUUUGUUGCUUCUAUUGUUGUUGUUAGUGUCUUUGAAAAAAGGAUUCAAACUCUUCUUAAAGUUGAUAAAUCAGAAUUAACUUAAUUCAGCAACAUGUAACAAUCAAUGCACGCAGCCUAUUGAUU